AUGCCACCCAAAAGAAAGUCCACAGACGCAGUGCAGUCUGCGGAAGCCCAGAAACGAGCCAGAUCUGGCCAGGACACCGCUCCCUCUAAGCUUGAACUUCCCCGUAACCUACGCCUGACUCCGGGGUCUACGACUUCAGAUGCGGAUAUCGCAUGGACCAAACUUUGGAAAGACCCUGCCAAGGCCUUCGAAUACGUAUCUAUAGCUCCAUUGCACUACGGAAACAAAAGCACCCCCGGGGAUGACGGUGAGGACUUCGAAGACGAGGAUGAAGAAGACGAAGACGAAGGCGAAGAUGAGGAGGGUACUUUCCUUGGCGCGAAGCCCCUGGACAAAAGUUCAGAUAAUUCCUGGAUUAUCACCCACGCUGGAUUUGAAAAGUGUGCGUCGGCUCAACGUCUUUGUAUAACCCGCGACCCGGACGGGCUCGCAAUGUACACAUUUAACGAUCACUACGGGUACGGUACCCUCGAGCUUGUUGAGAAUUUCAUGCUGGACUUCGACCUGGCGAAGAGCAAUUGGAAAGAGCAGUGGACACUCUGCGAAGCACUGGGUCUAUUUAUCCGUCAUGGUUCGGCCGAUGCAAUGAUGCAAAUCGACGACAGUGAAGGCGCGGAAACAAUUUCUCGACUUAUCAAGACUAUGUUCCUGACCAUGCUCGCUACACUGGAGCGUAACUCAGUUCUGAAACCGGAUUCAGAGAUCAAGAAUCUCGGCCAUAUGAUGGCGCUCUGGCUACGACUCUCCGAAGACCCCAGCUCCAUAUUUGGUGUCUUGCAGGAAUCUGCUGGAACUCGCCGAUUGGGGAGAGACCUGGACCCCCUCAAGAAAGUUGUGUUAGUGAAGGCUAAUAAGGUUAAGCUCCCUGCACCUGACGCUAAGAAGAAUGACCCUUGGAACUGGGCCAAGGCCUUGAGGGAUUAUGAACGCAACUACACCAUAUCGAUUCUUGGAUUCGCGUCACGUCAGGUUGGUGGUGAUCAGCUAGAUGUGUCAGCAUGGACCUCUAAGAGGCGUGCAAUGUGCGCUUUCGAUGAGAAGGAUCCUAUUACUGAGGAAGUUAGGAACUCUCUAAAGCCUCCUGGUGGGGGCCCACAAUAA